CGUGUUGCUUCAUCCGCGUUUACCGUGUCUGUCGCUUCCUGACUCGCGCCCGAGCAACCAACAAAGUAAUCGCACUUUUCUAUCGUGAACGUGUUUCGAGUUACGUAUUAUAAAACAGGAUUAAAAUUAGGGGAUAACAAAUUUCGGGAAUCGCUGGUAAUACGCAAGAGUAUGAUCUCGCGGGGUAGGAAACCACAGCUGGUCCCGUAUUUCGGUAGCGUUGAAAUGGUGAUUUGUUUAUGGAUAACGUGUGCAAUUUUAACGCUGGUCGCAUCACAGCAGAAAUUUUACAUCCAGGGCCGAUAUGGGAAAAGACACGAGCCACACGCAGAGUCGUUCUUCGUGUCCGGAGGCAGAUACGGCCGGAGCGAGAAUCUAGGAAGAGAGAGCAAGUUGCCGAAGCUGGUUGAGGUCGUACCUAGAACAGACCGACUCUUCUGGGAUAGCCGAUACGGGAAACGAUCGCCGCCGGACUAUCGGCCGGUCUCCUCCGUCAACCGAUUCAGCGCCGUCCUCAACUUCAUGGAUCAAAUCAAUCUCGACCGCGAGAACGAGCCCAGCAACGGGAACGAUCUCGAUCUCUUAUCUUAAUGUCGUUUAUCACACCUGCGAGGACUCGUCGACUAUUUCAUGCAGACGAACGAGGGUGAAGGGAGCGAAUGGGCAGCGGGAGCAACUUUCAAAAUUCUAAACAAGUCCUCCGUAAUUAUUCGUUGUCUUUAAUCAACUUAAAAUGUGUAGAGAUCUCGUCGGGCUCGGCCGGGAACUGGCGUAUCGAGGAACAGAAAAAUAUAAGCUUCUAUUGACAGCAUCAGUAGACAAUCUUGUUCAAUUUUUCGUAAAACUAUUCGUCCUUACCCUCCGAAUUACUUAAUUUGCUAAAUCCUCCAUUAUAAAAUAACAAUAAUAAUUAGAAAUAAAUUGUAUGAAGGUAAAUGUGAAUAUUUUUGUUAAU